CGGACGUGGCUCAAGAGAUCCAACGCCUUCGACGUGGUCACCAACGCCAAGCGGACGCUGCGGGAGCUGAAGAUCCUCAAGCACUUCAAGCACGACAACAUCAUCGGCAUCAAGGACAUCCUGCGGCCCAGCGGCCCCUACGGAGAGUUCCGGAACGUCUACGUGGUGCUGGACCUCAUGGAGAGCGACCUGCACCAGAUAAUCCACUCCUCGCAGCCGCUGACGCUGGAGCACGUGCGUUAUUUCCUGUACCAGCUGCUGCGCGGCCUCAAGUACAUCCACUCCGCCAACGUCCUGCACCGCGACCUCAAGCCCAGCAACCUGCUGGUCAACGAGAACUGCGAGCUCAAGAUCGGCGACUUCGGCAUGGCGCGGGGGCUGGGCGCGGACGCGCGGCACGCCAAGCCCUUCCUCACCGAGUACGUGGCCACGCGCUGGUACCGCGCGCCCGAGCUGCUGCUGUCGCUGCACCGCUACACGCGCGCCAUCGACAUGUGGUCGGUCGGCUGCAUCUUCGCCGAGAUGCUGGGGCGCCGGCAGCUCUUCCCGGGCCGCAACUACGUGCACCAGCUGCAGCUCAUCAUGGCGGUGCUGGGCACGCCCCCGCCGGGCGUCAUGGCCGCCAUCGGCGCCGAGCGCGUCCGCGCCUACGUGCAGAGCCUGCCGCCGCGCCCGCCGGUGCCCUGGGAGAGCCUGUUCGGCGAGGCCGAGCCGGCGGCGCUGGCGCUGCUGGGCCGGAUGCUGCGCUUCGACCCGCGCGAGCGGGUGGGCGUGGCCGAGGCGCUGCGCCACCCCUUCCUGGCCAAGUACCACGACCCCGAGGACGAGCCCGAGUGCGUGCCCGCCUUCGACUUCGCCUUCGAGCGCCAGGCGCUCACCAAGGAGGAGAUCAAGGCGGCCAUCGUGGCCGAGAUCGCCGACUUCCACGCGCGGCGCGACGGCAUCCGGCGGCAGAUCGCGCCCGCGCCGGGGGGCGGGGCCGGCGCUGACGUCAGCAAGGUCAGCGACGGGGUCAGCGUCGAGCUCAGAGUGGUCAAUGCAGCCGAUCCAUCAUGGCCGCCGUGCGCCGACGUGGACAUGCCCAGCCCAGGCCCCGCCCCCGACUGUCCAAUGGAGUCGCCGCGGGUGAAGGCGGAGCCGGCGGGGGCGGGGCAAACAGUGGGGGCGGGGCAAACAGCGGGGGCGGGGCCAGCGGUGGCUCCGCCCAAGAGGGACGGCGCCAUCUCGGACGACACCAAGGCGGCGCUGAAGGCGGCGCUGCUGAAAUCGGCCAUGAGGAACAAGAGCAAAGACCCGCCCUGCGCGGCGCCGGACGCGCCCGAGAGCCGGAAGCCGGUGACGGCGGCGGAGCGGCAGCGCGAGCGCGAGGAGAAGCGGCGGCGCCGGCAGGAGCGCGCCAAGGAGCGCGAGAAGAAGCAGCGCGAGCGCGAGCGCCGCGAGCCACGCCCCCGGGGGGAGGGGCUCAGCGGCCUCGUCCUCACCGACGACGACCGGCACCUCCUGGAGCGCUGGACCAAGAUGGCCGACGGCGCCCAGCCCCGCCCGCAGGCCCCGCCCCCCUGCCCGGCGCCGCCCAAUGAGGCGUGGCCGCGCCCCGCGGGGUGGGCGGAGCCCGCGGACGUGGCCACGGUGACGCAGCAGCUGCAGCGGUCGCAGGUGGAGGAUCCGCUGCCGCCGGUGUUCCCGGUGACGCCCAAGGGCAGCGGCGCCGGCUACGGCGUCGGCUUCGACCUGGAGGAGUUCCUGAGCCAAUCGCUCGACAUGGUGGGCGAGGCCAAGGACAGCCCGCAGGAGGCGGCGCCGCUGUCGGCGUCGCUGCUCCGCGAUUGGCUGGAGGUUCAUCGCCUGAGCCCGGCGGCGCUCGAGAGCCUCCAGCGCGACCUCCUGAUGGACGAGCUGCCCGAGCCCUGACCCCGCCCCUCAUUACCAUACCCGGGACACGCCCCCUCCCCACCAUAAACUUUGUACCGAAAAUCCGCUGUUUGGCUGCGAUUUUGGGGGGAAUUUGCACCUUUUUGGGGGAAUUUUCGCCUUUUGGGGAUUUGCAUCUUUUCAGGGAAUUUUCACCUUUUGGGUUUU